CAGAAAUAAAUAAAAGAUUAAUAAAAGGAAAACAGACGUAAACCAAAAGUUCCAACUCAUCAUCAUUUCUGCAUCUUCUAGGGAUCACAAGAAGUGCCGACGAACUCCCCAACUUCAAUCAAAUCCAAUACCAGAAAAUCCAUUUCCCCAAUCCCUAACCCCCAAAACCACAAUUUCUCCUCCCUCCUCUUUCUAUGGCGUAAAACCCAUAUCCCCAAAUUGAGAUAAAUUACACGUAAAGGCGAUUCGGUAACAACAUCCAGAGUCUACUGCUAUGUCGACCGAGGCAGCAGCACCGUCGUCUCCGCCGCCGCGGUCAGGAUCGUCAUCCGAGGACAUCAUCGACACCACACCUUUGCUCUCCCCCGGGUCCCCAUCCGACCCGAACAUCAACUCCCCCACCAACCGUCGAUCCAUCCGUCGCCAGUCCCUCCGCGAUGCAGCUCGGUUCCUGCGCCGGGCCAGCGGCAGGCGGAUGAUGCGUGAGCCGUCGAUGGUGGUGAGGGAGACAGCGGCCGAGCACGUGGAGGAGAGGCAGAGUGACUGGGCGUAUUCGAAGCCGGUGGUGAUUCUGGAUAUCAUUUGGAACCUCGCUUUCGUGGCUGCCGGGGUUGCGGUGCUCGUUUUGAGCACGGAGGAGCGGGCCAACAUGCCGUUGAGGUUGUGGAUUGUUGGGUAUGGGAUGCAGUGCCUGUUGCAUAUGGGUUGUGUUUGUGUGGAGUAUAGGAGAAGGAGGAGGAGGAGAGUGGGGUUUGGAACUGUGGCUGGUGGUGGAGGGAAUGAUGGGAGUUCGAGUUCUGGUUCAAGAGGUGAUUCUGGUGAUUAUGUGACGCUCGCGCAGUUGCAAGAUGAUGGAACCAGCAUCGCGAAGCACCUAGAAUCUGCAAAUACUAUGUUUUCAUUUAUCUGGUGGAUCAUUGGGUUCUACUGGGUGUCUGCUGGUGGACAAGCUUUGGCACAAGACUCCCCUCAGCUUUACUGGCUUUGCAUAAUCUAUCUUGGUUUUGAUGUGUUCUUUGUGGUAUUCUGUGUUGCUCUGGCAUGUGUGAUUGGCAUCGCGGUGUGCUGUUGUCUUCCUUGCAUUAUUGCAAUCUUAUAUGCAGUUGCUGAUCAGGAAGGAGCAUCCAAAGAAGAUAUAGAUCAGCUUGUAAAGUUUAAAUUCCGAAGGGCCAGCGAUAACGAGAAGCUUGCUGAUGAGGAUCAAGAAACUCCUGGUGGAAUAAUGACAGAAUGUGGCACUGAUUCUCCAAUUGAGCAUGUCCUUUCCCAGGAGGAUGCAGAAUGUUGCAUAUGCCUAUCUUCUUAUGACGAUGGGGUUGAGCUAAGGGAACUACCUUGUGGACAUCACUUUCACUGCACCUGCGUAGACAAGUGGCUUCACAUCAAUGCCACAUGUCCUCUCUGCAAGUACAACAUUCUGAAGAGUGGCCGGCAAGACAGGGAGGAAGUGUAAACUGCAACAAAGGGUUUGAAAAAUCAGAUCUUUGCACAUAAUGCGGCCAUUAUGCAGGAGUUGUUGACAUUCUUACAUACUGUUCGUAGACCAAUCAGUCAUCAACGCACAGCAAAAUCAUCGAGAGACUCGAGCUCAAACUGGAUUUCCUUGCUACCUUCUCUUUGUGUGCUAUUCCUAGAGUCUAGUGUUGAUGAUCAGAGGCCACCUGCAUUGCUGAAAUGGUACUUGCGUGUGUUUAUUUAUCUUUUUUUCUUCUUCUCCCGUGGAGGUCUAAGCAGUGAACAGUGAUGUCUCUUUACUGUUGGAGGUCUCUUGAUUGAUUCUUGGCGUUCGCUUAGUCAUAGUACUCGUUAGAGGCAAUAAGAUAGCCAUAUAUAUCAAUAUAUGUGUAAUUCUCCUUUAGGGUUUCCCUCCAUGUUUCUUAGCGUGUGCAAAUUUUGUUGUUGUAUAGAGAUCGAUUUCUUCUUGCAGGAAUGAAUUUUUACAUGUUUCCCUGUGCCCUUACGGGUUACUGGGAUAGAACAUAGAACAGGUUGGUUUUUGAAAUUCUAACAAAAACUUCUGAUGAGAAGGCAAGGUGCUAAACAACGUAAGGAGCUCUUGAGACUUUUGCUAUGGUGCCGACUUUGGGCGAUCCAGUGCUGUUGGCUCGCCCUCUUGUGCAUUUAUAGCCGUUAGAUCGAAUGCACAAGAUUUGUGUAAUGAUGAAAUUACUGAAAUGCAUGGGGCGAUUCAGCAAUGAAAUCAUAUGUUGGAU